CAGUGGCAUUCAUUGAGGAAGUGCAGUGGAGACUAUCUUACCCUGACACUCAUGGUUUACUCCAUAAUCUGAUCGAUGUUUGUCUUUGAUUAACUAGGAAUGAAGCAAUAAAUACUCAAUUCCCUUUUGUCACCCACAUCCGUUGUGUAUUGUGUAAGGUUACAACAAAACAAGAUGCGUUAGAUCUUGCCUGGCAACUUACAAAGAUACCCGACCCACGGCAGCUUUCUUGGAAGUUGUUGCGACAUAUUCAGCCUCUGCCAAGAUAAACACAAUUAGACGAACAACAAAGUUAAACGAACCCCGCCCGACAAAACCCCUUGUGUAUAUAUAGUGCGUGGAGAGAACACUAUACACGCAGACGGCAGCAUCUUAAGCGAGUCAAACAUGACGGUCAUGUACCAGGUCACUAUCGGCACUGGCGAUGUAUUCUCAGCUGGGACAAAGGAUAGAAUAUCCGUGAUGUUAGUGGGGACACUUGGCAGCUCCGAGAAGGUUCGCAUCGGGAACUGGCUACCACUCCGCAGAAGGGAGAACUACCACCUGCACAUGACGACCAAGUCUGAGCUCGGGGACCUCCUGCUGGUGAAACUCUUCAAGGAGACGUUUGUGGUGGGAGAGGACGACUGGUACUGCAGUCGUGUGAUGGUGGAAACCACAAACAAACUGAUCUACCACUUUCCCUGCUACAGCUGGAUCACUGAUUCCACCCCGCUGGAGAUCAUUGAAGGAACUGCCCGGAAAAUAAACGAGUACAAAUCUCCAAUCUUGGAACAAUACCGGGUGGAUGAAAUGCGGAAGAGGCAAGAGGAAUAUCAGUGAGUAGAUGCUGUGCUGAAUAACAAAAUAUGUUGAUGUAGUGGAUGUGGAGAGAAUUUUUCCACUAGUGGGAUAAUGUAGGACAAGAGGCACAGCCUCAGAAUAUAAAGAUGUACCUUUAGAAUGGAGAUGAGGAGGGAGAAUUUCUUUAACCAGAGGGUGGUGAACCUUUGGAAAUC